GAGCACUUGGAAAGAUGCUGGGAAGCCUACACAAGCUCCCCAGGCUCAUUCUCGGCGCCGUGCACCUCGGUUCUGCUGAGUUUUGGCUUUGGGAAGAGUCGAGCGCUCCAAAAGCUGGCGGAGGAUUCGUGCGCAAAAUUAGUGGCGAUGUACCGGUACGCUCAAAAGAACUGGGAAGUGGUUGGCGAGGAGUGGCUCGAGUUAUUCACAAGUCAAGAAGCUGAUACAAAGGUGGCUAUGACAUUGCAAACGGCUAUGGCGAGUAAAGCACAAACUGGUGUCAAGAAGACCAGUCCUGGCAAGCCCCGAGUGGUCGUCUUAGCUGUGGAUGAAGCUAGGAAACUUUUUCAACUGGAUCACAACUCGGUCGAUCACAUGGAUCGGUUGCACAAGGCCCUAGGUGUGGCGGAUUUCAUGGCGAUUCUCGCGUACGUGACUUACAAGCAAGACGGCAUUCUAAGCAGCUACGAUACGGAGCCGGUUCUGGCGUUGGGGGCGACGCGCGUUUGGUACAGCCUCGAAAACGGAUUAUCAGACUUUAUACUGCCGCAGUUUAAGAGGAUGUUGGUGGAUCAGACGAUUGAUGCCGGCCACAAUGGUGAAGUUGUCGCUCGCAUUGUUUUGCUGUUGGUGAUGGAUGCAGCCACGAUGAUUGGGGGCGAGGUGAGAGAUCACACCACCAAGAUAUACCAUACCUUCAGGUUUAAGGGCCAGUACGUGAGCGUUGCAAGUUUUCUGAGGUUAUUGGUUGGUGCUUCGCCCCAAGACGUUAAGGCUUUUCGAGAGUGGGAAUCAACGUGGGCCUUGUGGGAAAUGGGGUUUUGCCAGUUUGUGCAGCUGGACGAGGAGCCUACAGAGGAUACGUUGUGGUUUCUGCUAGGUCGACGGGCUGCUGGUGUGUUGCCUCGAAACGACAAAGGAAUUGAUCUGAUUAUCCCGAUCUUUUCGGACGCUGACGACGCGGAGGUUUUGAUGGUGUUGGUUCAAGUGAACAAUUUGGAGAAUGACGCGAACUGUUUCCUCGAAUCCGCGGGGGCGAAGAUGGAUCCGAAACGCGCAUUCUCACGUGGAAAUGCGUUGAGAGAGAACUCGUCCGCUGAUAUGAUCCGUGUCUACCUAAAUCUACGAGAGCAA